CAUGCGCAUCUGUGCUUUGAGUGGGGGGUGCUCCUCAACUGAAAAUGAUGUUGCAACAGAAAUAAAUUCCUUUUAAAAGUGAAUCAGCUGGUUGUGGGGUUGUCAGUCACGUGUCCUUGCUGAACACAACAGUAUAAAGGAGUUAACAGCGGCUUAGAAGUAGCAGAGUAGAGAGAGAGAAUCAGAAAGCUGUCUGCCUACUAUUCAUCUGCUAGCAUCCAGCACUCAGUAAGAGACAAAGAAAACAUGGAGUCAGCCAAGAAUAUGAGUACAGACACCAAGAAUUCUGAAAGCCCUGUUGGUGACCUGUCAGAGGCACUAAAAGAGUCUACCAAGGAUGUCCACGAACAGGCUGAAAACACAGAGUUCAUGAAGAAUUUUCAGAAGGGGCAAGUUUCAUUGGAAGAGUUUAAGCUGGUAAUGUCCUCAUUGUAUUUUAUCUACUCUGCCCUUGAAGAAGAGAUUGAAAGGAACAAGGAGAACCCUUGCUUUGCGCCAGUCUAUUUUCCAACAGAACUUCACCGCAAGAGCAGCUUAGAGAAGGAUAUGCUGUACUUCUACGGCUCUAAAUGGCGAAGUGUGAUUCAUUGCCCAGAAGCAGUAAAGAAGUAUGUAGAACGACUCCAUUAUGUGGGCCAGAAGGAGCCCCAGCUGCUGGUAGCCCAUGCCUACACCAGGUACUUGGGGGACCUGUCAGGGGGGCAGGUCCUUAAGAAGAUUGCUCAGAAAGCUUUGCAGCUGCCAAGCACGGGGGAAGGACUGGCAUUCUUCACCUUUGAUGCAGUCUCAAGCGCCAUGAAGUUCAAGCAGCUGUACAGGUCACGGAUGAACUCGCUUGAUCUAGACAAAGCCAGCAAGGAAAAGGUUGUGGAGGAGGCCAGGACAGCUUUCCUGCUCAACAUAAAGAUGUUUGAACAACUUCAAGAAAUUACAUCACAGUCACAAACAGCCAAAAAAGAAGAGACAGAUGUCAGGAAACGGGUCAAACAUAUAGCAAAUGGUCAAAGUCACGGUGCAGAAAGCAAUAAGAACAUGUCUACUGUUAGCAGCAGUCCAUUCCUUCGAUAUGUCCUUGGUUUUGGUUUUCUGCUGGCAGUGAUUGCCUUGGGAUUGCAGGCCCUGUAAAAGGAUUCUGGCAUUUAUCUCAAAGAACAUGUAGGAAUUAAAAGAGACUUGAGUUCAGAUUAACAGUGAAGUGCUUUAUAUUUACCUGGUUCUAAACUGCAGUGCCAGCUUUAACACUUCUUCACAAAAUGUAACCUGCUAUAUUCCUAGGACGUCUUGCAGCCAGCCAGUGCUUGCACUAGGUAAGGAAUGGCCUUGCUCAUUAAAGGGAAGAUAAGAAACAGAGCAAAAAAUGGUGCAAAGGGAAAUCACAGCAAGUCAACAAGUUUUCAUCCAUAUGACUGAGUGAAUGAAAUCAAGUUCUCCAUUCAAAGUGCUACAACACAAAAUAGGACUGCAUGAGGGGAAAAAGAUAAUACUGGCUUUCUUGGGCAGAGUCUUAAUAAUUUUGAAGCUAAACUGUUAUGAUGGCAUGCAAUACUAGUACUGAAAUAAUGGUUCUCUGUUGGGUGCCUAGUCUAUGUCAAGUAGGGUGCAGACAUUGUCCUUCUUAUUGCAAAUGGUUAAUUGCUUUCUGUGGUAGCUGCAAAACUCUGGGACGGAUAUUGUGCUGCCUCUGUGACACAAGUAGCCUAAAGAAGGCUGCAUAUUCGUGAAUAAAGGGCAGGCAAAUCAAACCUUCAGUUCUGUUUUCAGUAAGCUUGCAUGCUAGCUACUGCAACACUGUAAGUUAAUUUACUGAAAGUCAAAAGCUUAAUUAGAGGUAGGAAAUUGUAGUCUGGAGCCUGACAGCUGUCACUGAGUCAUCAAAUAGUACAACAUAGGGGUAGUUCUUUUACCCCUUCUUAGGAAAUUGUAGUCUGGAGCCUGACAGCUGUCACUGAGUCAUCAAAUAGUACAACAUAGGGGUAGUUCUUUUACCCCUUCUUUUAAUAACAUUGAGCCAUACCAUUAGUUAAGUAGCAAACACUAGUAAAUAUGUGCCACAGUGCUGCAUGACUAUGUAAAUACUGACUUGCUGUGGUCAGCGCUAUUCAAAGAUGCCACAUCAAAACUACUUCAUGUAGGAGGGAGUGGCAAAUGAUUAUGCCAUCCCUGUCACCUAACUCAUGGUUUCAGACAGGUGUUCAGCUCUGUACAGUAGCAGAUAAGCACAGACGUCAUGUUUCUGCUGUCUGUGGUUAGAGCUGUAUUCAGACUAUAAAGGACCAGAAAUUUAACAAUUUUAAAAUCUUUCUGAAAAGCAAUAUAAUCUAUAAUGUAAAAGGAUGGUGCUAUGUACUAUAAUUUUAUUGUAACGGUUUAGGAAUAUAAACCAACAUUUCAUUUACAUAGAUUAAGGUUGUGCUUUCACAAAACAGUUUCACUGUAAAUUUCAGGAUGAAAGAACACAGUAUUGGUUAUAUGCUGUUUUAGAUCAUAUAAUGUACAGGGUCAAAUCAAGUACAGAGAAGAGAUGCAUGUAAGGAAAUUUGCAUGAACUACUAAAAUGCAAAGAAAGAAAUGAGCUAUAGCAUCAUUUAUUAUCUGUCCCAGAAAGGUAUUAGAACUCUAAUAUUUUCGACCCAGGAUAUAUUUGGCCUGGACCAGUUUGAAUCCAGGAAGUUUGCCUCACAUACUGUUCCUGUCCUGCUUUCAUGGAAGAGAAACAAAAACGCACUUGGACAGUAUUCUUAGUGUUAAGUGGAAUAUUUAUUCUCCAUAGUGAACCUGGAAGGACCUGAAAACAGGUUCUGAGGAGAAAAGGGAUGUAGCAGAAGGAAUUAAACUCCAAGGGCCUUCAGAAAAACUCAAGAUGUUAGCAUUAAGUGAGGGCAAGAAGACUUUUUUCAAGUCCCACUAUCACAGCUGUGAUGGUGUAGUGGUUAAGUGCUGUGACUAUAGUGUACAGGGUCCUGGGUUCAAGACCUGCAAAGGCUAUUUAUUUUGGUUGGGAGGGUGACCUAAUGGUUAAGGUGUUUGUCUUACAAACAAGGUGCAAGGUUUGAGUCUCACAAGGGCAGUUAGCUUACUACUAAUCUAUGAACCUAUGUACAAGGACAAGACCACUGAUGUAGUAAUUUCUGUCAGUAAUGGACAGGUACACAUGAAGCUAACUGACCCCUCAAGACCAGUAAAAUGCACCCCCUAGAGGUACCAGACAACAGCUAUGCUGAAUCAGUAUAUGCAAAUAUUGAGUGCUCCUUCUCCUACCGACAAUGUUCUAACCUGUCCAGGCUUGGCAUGAUUAUUUUAGCUUUUUGACUGCCAACAGUAAAUCAAAAUGUUGACCCCCCCAAAUGUGCUAUACCUCAUUUAUGACCAAAGGUGAGACUGUUUUAUGCUAAUGCUAAAAAUGAGUGGGUGUAUAAGAGAGAGAGAGAGAUAGAUAGAUAGACAUAAAUAUUGGUGUGUCAUCUGCCAGGAAAAAUGUCCAUUCAGUCCAUAUUCUGUCAAGAAAAAAAAUGGGGGGUUGCCCAUAAACCAUUGUUUCUUCCAAGCAGGUGGGAAUAGACAGAUUCUAGAGUAUUUCUGUAAGGAAAUACCACAAAUGAACAUUUUUAUGAAAAUACUGUAUUUUUCCUGCAUUAUGAAAAUAUUUAAGCAACAGUACCCCAAAGGUUAGCUUCUUCUAGUGGGGUUGCACUGAAAAAGGAUUGCGGUUACAGGUUGCCUCAGUUAUAUUUCACUGUUAACCAUAAUGUAUGAAUGGAAGUUAAUUUACAGUGCAAUAUUCACUGUAGUAGCCAUAAAAGUUGUGCAUAGAAAUACUGUUUAAAUACUAGACUUUUUUUCUAGAAGACAGAAAACUAUGAAUUAUUGUUUAAUCCUGUCCAGUAGACUAACUUCUAAAGAGUUAGUGCAUUCUGUAAUAAGAACCAAAAAGCUUGAGACUGUGCAUGCUGUGUUACUACUUUAAACUUGUAUUUGUUGAUUUUUAUUUUAGAUUGCUCCUGUCAUGUACAAUGUAAUAUAGCCACAAAAGUGUUCUAAUAAACAGGUUUGAGUAACAUACCACUACAUGGACAUAUGUGUUACGAUGCUUUCCAUUGUAACACCUUUUCAGCUUUUUAUAAUGUACUUAUUCAGUUUUUUUAAUGCCAUGUGGUUAAGCAGCAUCUGGGACCAAACUGCUGUAUCAUUGAUGGGCAUUUAUAGUAUGUAAUUGCACUGCAUGGAUCUGUGCAAUUCAUCUUAAGACAGUGAUGUUACAACUGACAUUCUGCAAUAAGACUUGAUGCCAGUAACCUAGCAGAAAAAAAAAUCAGGACAAGGUGUGUUGCAGUUUCCCCCAUCCCAAACUGUGAUGUUAUGUUUCAUUUGUUUUAUGUCAUUCACUGGGUUAAUGCCACUGAGAAGUUCAUUUACAGAAAAGAAAAGCUCCACAGUACAAAACUCUUGAGACAGUUCAUUGUAGUGCCAGUUAUAUGUAUCCCAUGGCAAACCUGUGCAUUUUGACAGUAGCAGCCUUUAACAGCAUGAAGAUCCAGUCUGUUUCUAUAAUACCUGCUGUAUGUCUUAUUCAGUUUGCCACAAGACAACCAAUGUUACUCACUAGUUGCUUAAACAAAGGCACUACUAAAAAGAUCAGUUCAAACUUGGAGCACUAUUUGUAUUUCGUAUAACUAGAAAGAGCAAAAAUAAAAUUCUAUUAAAUUAAGUUCAGAACUACCAAGGUGAAUGGCAAGAUGGAAUGAUACCAAAAUUGAUGCAUUGUUGUCACGGUGGGGAAAAACUGCCAUCUAAAACAGUACUAAAAUGUACAGAUCCAUGUAUUCAAUAAUGUCCAUUACAUAAUGUGAACUAACUGUGUAUCACUCUCAAAGCAGUUCUUGUAACAUUGUGUUUUCUUUUUUAUUUAUCAACAUGCAUAAUAUUUGAAAUUUUUUAAUAAAAUUAUGCUGAGUAAAACAAC